AUGAAGCUGCACGUCAUCAAUUCUUCGGAAAAUUCUGAACCACCUUGUUCUCGUAUGGGAACAAGAGUUCUAAUGGUGCUAGCAUGGACAAUAUUUCUAUCCUCUGGAAUUCUUUUUGCUCGCCAAAAACAAGGUCCCUGUCCAUCGCAUAUGUUAUUUGGUAAACAGUUGUGGUUUCAAUGUCAUCGCACUCUAAAUCUCAUCGGCAUCUUUGCUGCUGCAGUUGCUUUUUUGUGCAUGUUCAUCGCCAAUAAUGCGCGUUGGUCUGGACCAUGGCCAGGACAAAGUUCGCAGAUGAAUUGGCGCUGGGGUUCGAUACAUGCACUGCUGGGCCUGAUUGCUUGCCUUCUUGCGUUUAUCCAGCCUCUUGACGCAAUGCUCAGAUGUCAUCCUGGUCAUCCCCAAAGGACAACAUUUAAUGUAGUUCAUGGUGUAAUCGGAGCAUUGGCUUGGGUCUGCGCAGUUGUGACCACGCUGAUCGCCACAGCCAAAUUCAGUGAGCUUCUCAAAACCAGAAUUGCGUCAAGCUCUUAUGUGGCUUUCAUUGUCGUCUCACUGCAAACAAUCAUCUCUACUGAACUGCUAUCGCUCAUUCGUAGUCCGAAAGCAAGCGAAGAGAUGAAAACGAAAACGCAGCAAUCGACCCAAGUCAAAUCGAUAGACAGCAAGGAGGAUAAGGACAACACUAAAGUAGGUGUUUUUCUCAAGGCUCAAUCCUUCGGAGGGUGA